AUGAUUGAUAAGUUACUAUUUAUUUUGAUUUGUUUGAUUUAUCCCAUUGUUCAUUCAGUAAAAGAAGUUGUUUUAUCCGAUACACGUGAAGCUCGUGAUUAUUUAAAUUGGUAUAAAGUAUCAACAAAUGGCUAUUUAAAUGAUGGAUGGGGUGAAUUGAGUUUUGAAGCUAAACUGUAUCCAACACUUUUACUAUCAUCAUCAUCAUCAACACUGUGGCGUACACAAUACGUAUGUGACAUAACAUCUGAACGUCGUGUUGAUAAUUGGUUACGUACACCUUAUCUACGUCGUCAAGAAGCACAACGCAUUGAAAUCGAACUUGGCUUCUCGAUUAGAGAUUGUUCAACAUUUCAGACACCGAAUGAAAUUCGUUCAUGUCGAGAAACAUUUGAACUUUAUAUACAUGAAACUGAUCGUGAAGAAUAUGAUUUCUCAUUAUCGUCCUAUAAAUUGGUUGAUAUUAUUGCCGGAAAUCGUUUUACAUCAAAUAAUUAUGGCAGUCAAAUAUCAUCACAUGCAAAUAAUUUAACAGUCAAUGUUAAAACUCGUGGAGUAUCGAUAAAUAAAAAUGGUUUUUAUAUUGCAUUUCGUGAUCAAGGUGCAUGUAUAUCGUUGUUAUAUGUGAAAAUUUUUUAUCGCUUAUGUCAAGAUAUAUCCGUUGGUCUUAUACAUUUUCCUGAAACACCAACUGGAUCGCAUUUAACAGAUAUCGUUGAACGUUACGGUAUAUGUACAAUGAAUUCUAAAACCAUUCAACAGCCAAUAGGAUUUUGUAAAGGAAAUGGUGAAUGGACUUUUCAAGAAACAUCAUUACAUGAUAGUUGCAAUUGUCAACAAGGCUAUGAACAACUUAUUGAUAAUAAUUAUAAGAAUAAUAGCCUUUUAUCUCGUGCCAUUUGUAAGGUUUGUCCUAUUGGUACAUACAAAUCAACUAUAAACAACUUUGAUCGUUGUCAACUGUGCCCAUUGCAUAGUCACGCAUAUGAUAAAGGCUCAACACUAUGUAUUUGUAACGAUGGUUUUUUUCGUUUAAAUUCAUCAAUUUAUAGUACACCCUGUAUAGGAAGUCCAAGUCAACCUGAAAAUGUAACAAUCGACGAGAUCGAUCAAAGUUCAGUUGGAAUCUCUUGGAAACAAUUGCAUGAUCAUGUCUAUCAUAUUGAAUGUAUUCAUUUCGUACCUUGUGAAUCGUACAUCAUCUAUGAACCCAGCCGAACAUUUAUUAAUGAGACAAGCGUGAAAAUUUCGGGUCUUGAUGAUCAUACAAACUAUAAGAUAAAAUUAUAUGCCGAACAAAUCUCAACACAUUUGUUCAGUAAAUCUGUUGAUUUAUCGUUUACAACAAAAACUCCAAUAUCUCAGCAGAUUCGCGAUAUAAAAAUUCAACGAAUAACAUUCGAUACUAUUGUAAUUACAUGGCUAUCGGAUGAUUUUGUUCAAUAUCAAAUACGUUAUUGGCCAUUGAUCGAUGCAAAUAAAAAAAUGCUUGUAACGCUUUCAACGAAUAAUUUUACUCUAGUAACCAAAUCGGAUAGUUAUAAAUAUCAAAUACGUGGCUAUAACAAACAUGGCUGGACUUCGUAUACGCAAGAAAAAUUAAUUUCAUUAAAUGCAAUAUCGAUCGAUAGAUUUUUAACAUCGGGUCUAGCGAAAAAUUUCGUCGAUAAUAAAUACGUUAUUGUUAUGGGUCCACUAAUUGUACUUGUGUUAUUAAUUAUAGUUAUGAUAUUAGGUUUCAUUUAUGUAAAAAAAACACGUUUAUGUCAAUGGAAAGCAGCCAGCGAUUGUGAAUCACUAGAUUAUCAAAAACGACAAGGGACCGCACCACUGUGGCCUUCAAUUACGACAACGACAAAGACAUAUAUUGACCCUCAUACGUACGAGGAUCCAACUAAAGCAGUGAGAGAUUUUGCGCGUGAACUUGAUCCAAAUUUGAUUGUCAUCGAAUUUGUCAUCGGCGGAGGCGAAUUCGGCGAUGUCUGCCGAGGAACAUUACGUACUAGUAGUACGACGAAAGAGAUUCCAGUUGCAAUCAAAACAUUAAAGCAAGGUGCAACAGAGAAAACUCGCCUAGAUUUUUUAUCUGAAGCCAGUAUUAUGGGACAAUUUGAUAAUGAAAAUGUGAUCUACCUGGAGGGUGUUGUCACCAAACAUCAUCCGAUUAUGAUAGUAACAGAAUAUAUGGAAAAUGGUUCCUUAGAUGCUUAUCUACGAACCAAUGAAGGAAAACAAUGUCUUGAUGCGUCCCAAUUAACACGCAUGUUAUGUGGUAUAGCAUCCGGAAUGAAAUAUUUAUCCGAAAUGAAAUAUGUUCAUCGAGAUUUAGCAGCGCGAAAUAUUCUUGUUAAUAAAGAUCUUAUAUGUAAAGUCGCUGAUUUUGGUUUAAGUCGAGAAAUAGAUGCAGAUGAUGGUUACACGACGAAAGGUGGGAAAAUUCCCAUACGCUGGACAGCUAUCGAAGCAAUUGAUUAUCGAAAAUUUACAUCAGCAUCGGACGUAUGGAGUUUUGGUGUAUUAUGUUGGGAAGUUGUUUCAUUCGGUGAACGACCUUAUUGGAAUUGGUCGAAUCAAGAUGUAAUUAAAACAAUCAAAAAUUCUUUUCGUCUUCCACCGCCUAUGAAUUGUCCGGAUGUAAUCUAUAGAUUAAUGUUAGCAUGUUGGAAUGAACACUAUUUAGAGCGACCGAAAUUCGAUGAUAUUGUACAAAUGCUAACACAAUAUAUUCAACUACCAAAUCUUCUUGUUCCGAUAGCAAAACAAAGAAUCGCCUUUGUGAAUCAUCCAGAUCAACCAAACAUUGCUCAAUUCACAUCAACAAUUGAAUGGCUCCAUGAUAUUCAACUUGAUCGUUUAAUAUGUUUUUUUAUGAAUGCUGAAUAUACAAAUCUUUCGCAAAUAUGCCAUUUUAAUUCAUCUGAUUUAACGAUACUUCUUGGUGAUAACAUCGCACUUGACGAACAAAACCGUUUAUUAGAUAGUUUAACUCGUAUUCGAUCUGAUUUAGUAUUAAUAUCAUCGAAAUCAUUGUUGAACAGGGAAGGUUAUCUUGUAUAA